CCGGGCCGGGCAGUUGCCACAGUCCGGCAACAGGCGCGCCACGACGUGUCCCGCGUCCACACCGUACCAACGCCACUCCCCGCUGCUCUGCCGCCCGCCCACGCUUCGCUGCUUUUCUCCACACGCCACGCCCGCCGGCGGACGCGUCCUGCCCAUCCUCUGCCCUCUAUCUCUCUUGCUCUCUCUCUCUCUCUCUCUCUCUCUCUCUCUCUCUCUGCCCGCGCGCGCUCUCUUUCGGACUCUAGCUCGUGCGCGAUGGCAUCGGCAGUAGGGGGCGGCAUUGACGGAGCAGCAGCGGGGACGACCAAGAAGAAGAAGAGAAUCUCCGACUGCCUCGUCGACAGCGACGGCGGAGACGAGGUGGCGGGGGAGGACGCCAUGCCGCCCUCGCCGCCUUCCCCCGGCACGCCGCGGCUGCGCAUCCCGGUGUUCACCUGCGCGCGGCUCCGGUUCGUCAGGCUCGGCAGGAAAGGCGGCGGCGGGCGGAAGGAUCAGGUCGCCGCCGAGAAGAGCGAGGCCGCGUCCACGGACUCCUCAGCAGCAGGAUGGAAAGCGCCGAGCAGCGGCGCGUCGCCGACGGAAACUGCCGGCAUGGGGCUGAGCCUGCUGUUCCUCCUCGCCAAGACAUGCGUAGAGCUAAACAAGAUGGCCGAGGUGCGCGCGGAGAUGGAGGCGCUCCUGCGGGAGAUGAGGGACCAGCUGGUGGUCAGGACGACGAAGGUCGGCACGACGACUGCUUCGCCGUGCCAGUGCCACGCUUCGUCCCGUACGCGCACGGACGGCCAAGACGCCGGCGCCACUUCUUCGUCUUCUCCCGAACCGGCGCGUCCUCGCCAUUUCCGUCGUGAUAAGCGCGCUGGACGGAAGCGGAGAGACGGGCCGUUCUACGCGCUGACAGGAAACCCGCUGUUCGACCUCGAGCGAGAACCGUGUGGCCGCGCUGCCGCCUCCUCUUCUGCCAUGGAGACCGCGAGCGAGACGUCGUCUGAAGUGGAGGACCCAUCGGGCUUCAUGGCUGGGGAGCAGUUUCAGCUCAACUGCCGCACCGAGCAAGGAACACCCGAGUCGUCGUCGGACGGGCAGUCGUUCAUCGAGCUGGAGGGGGGGUUCGGAGCCGGAGCCGGUAGAGGCGGCUACAGUGCAAGGCGGUGGCGAGAUUCAGAGGACGGACAGGGGGAGGAGGAGGAGGAGGAGGGGCGCGGCGACGAGGGGGUGUCGGCGGUGGAGCUGGAGAGGCGGCUGCAGGAGCUCCUGCACCGGAGGAGCCGGGAGCGGAUCGAGGAGCUGGAGGCGUCGCUGCGGCGCGCGGAGCGGAAGGUGAUGGAGACGGAGAUGGAGGCGCGGCUGUGGAAGGACACCGCCAAGCUGGCGCUGCAGCCGGGCACGCGCGGCGGUACGGGGCAGUGAUCAAUAUCGACCGUACGUAGUACUUUACUUACUACGUACCUCGUGCGACAGUGAGUAGUGAAUCUCUGGUGCAUUUCCGAAUCUAGGCGAGAGCCCGAACGUGCUAUGUACAUGCUGCGCACGUGCACGGGUGAACGGGAAAAGCUUUAGGUCCAGUUGACGCCUGGCUGGCUGAUGAUGUAUAUACUUGGUGCUGGCGGGUAUACUGCAGAAAUACCUUUUAAAGAACUUUUUGUUUGGUUCAGCUAAGCGCUGAUCAACAAUUACUUUGUUAAUACGUUAGCUCCUGUGACAUAAAA